AUGAAUAAUUCUUCCAAAGAUAAAACUGAAACAACAUAUAAUAAUUUGGGUUCAACAUCAUCUAUUAUACCACAUAUUCAAGUUAUUCCUGCUAAACAAGAAGCCGAAAAUUGGAUCUGGUCAUAUAUUCAAAAAAAAACUUGCUGUUGUCAAGUUCUGGUCGAAAAAGAUAGUGCAAAAUAUCAAUGUGAAUGGUUUUGUCAAAAAAAAACAAGCACAACUAGUAUUGCUGAUUAUUUGAGAAUGAAACAUCGAAUUAUUGAAGGAAAAGAGGAUAUUGAAACAGAAAUAGUUUCAAAACAAGAUAAUAAUUUUUUUCUUUAUCCAUAUAAGAGGAAGCAAAUUACAAAUUGUUUAUUAGCCUGGUUAAUAGAUAACAUGCAAGUAUUUCAUAUAGUAAAUAAUUCUAAAUUUCAAGAAUUAUUUUAUGAAGCUGUAUCACAAUAUUCUGUUCCGUGCAAGAAUAGUUUAUACAAAAAAAUGAGUGAAGCUAAAGAAAAAAAGUCAGAUUUAGUCAACGAAUUCUGGAAGAAGGUCAUCUUAGUACAAAAAUGGAAAAUUAAGACUAUAUCUGAACGCUCGGCUUUAGUUGAGGAGCUUACUACCACAACUGUGCGUUCGACUCUCCAACAAGAUAAUCAUGAACAUCUUGUACGAGAGAAUGUUACAAGAUGGCUAGGUUAUACAAAUGAUGGUUGUUCACUACAAAAUAAACGUUCACGUAUGACUCACCAGGAAGAUUCAGCCGAAGAAGGCAUUACUCAAAAAGAUUUACUGAAUUCGGUGAUUGAAGCUUCAAAUAUCUUCAGAAAAGUCGAAUUCCCAUCAUAUUAUGAUAAGCUUAAAACUAUUUGA